AUAGCGUAUACGAAAGCACAUAAUCAAAAUUAUAGCAUACAUAUGACAGUAGAAUCUCCUCCACCCAUACCAUCCCAAGAAAGAUACUUUGAUCUAUUUAAUAUUAGCGUGAGCGUUUCUGUCCCAUCGUCGUCUACAAAAAAUGUUCCAAGAGUGGGAGAAAUUUUUCUCAUUGCUUUUGGCCCAGAAACGCAAAAAACUAGUCGGUUCUUUUUUGUGCACAAUGUCAGAUGCCUUCCAUCACCUACUGGUAACAGACACGCAUUCUACAGUGUGUCGCUGCAAGCUACUUUUACCGAAAAGAUGAUGUUAUUGAGACCAGGAGAAGUGAUGAAAGCCUUGAAUCUAGCUUACAUUAACAAAGAACUGAUGUUAUUCGAGGCAAUGGCUUAUCUGGCUGAGUCACCUCUCAGUGAGGCCAUACUUAAACCGGAACCGCACCAUUUUAUAACUGUUCAACAAAAUCAUUUACUCAAUUUUCAAUCACAGUGGACAAUGGCUCUGAACCCUAGUCAGCUGAUUGCAGUAAGUUCGUCUGUGUGCGCUGCCUUGAGUGAUAGGCCUUCCAUACAAAUGGUUCAGGGGCCACCUGGCACCGGAAAGUCCAGUGUAAUAUGCGCCAUCGUCAUGUCUUACUUUUACAAUGCGCAAGAAAAACAACAAAACAGAGGGAAAAUACUCAUUUGUGCUACUAGUAACGCCGCUGUAGAUGGACUCGUCAUUAGAUUGUUGAACAUGAGGCAGAGCUUACCAAAACAGGAAAGGUUCCGAAUGGUGCGCGUGGGCCGCGCAGAGGCGAUGCACCCUAAAGCUUGCGACAUUAGCUCUCAGCAGCUGGCCACGCGAGAACUGGCCAGGAUACAUGCUGAGCAGCCCGCAGCACCCGCUGGACUCGAAGAAGAGAUUCAACAUAUAGAAGCUAAAAUAAACAUGUGGAAGACGGCAGCCCAAGACGCUAAGGACCCCGCCCGUGUAAGCUACUGUCAGAAACGCGUCUCUGAGCUCCUGAACCGGAUGUCACUGCUACGAUCAGGUUCCGGACGAAGUGGCAGCGAGAUCAGACCAGAACAAUUAAUUCAUGCCGAAAAACGCAUUAUAGAGGGCGCUGAUAUCGUUGUCACAACUCUAUCAAGUGCACAAAACCACAAAAUGAGGGGAUUGAAGCGUCGAAUAGCCUUAUGUCUUAUAGACGAGGCUGGGCAGGUAAUCGAACCGGAGACCCUUAUACCACUCACUCUUGAUGUGACCCGGUUAACGCUUAUUGGUGACCCACAGCAAUUACCUGGCUACAUCUGUUCUCAGCGAGCAAAAAAGCAUGGACUCAGCGAAAGUCUGUUUUCUCGCCUAACGUCUUGCACGGAGCAUUGGCCGUCUGGUGGCCCAGUAGUAUUACUCAACCAACAGUACCGCAUGCAACCCGACAUUGCGGAUUAUCCUAGCAGAGCCUUCUAUGGCGGGAAAAUAAACACUGUUGCUCCGCGGAGACCGGAUCUGCCGAUACCUACGUACAACAUUAUUAGCAUACCAAGCGGUGAUAAAGGGCAAGGUUCAUCUGGGGCUAACGAGAUGGAAGCAUGGGGCGUGACUAGGCUGGUGAUAGCUCUGGCAAAUAUAGUGCGGCCACUGAAUCUAACUCUAGCGGUUAUAACGCCAUACAACGCUCACAAAGAGCUUAUUAGGAAAAAUUUAAAAACAUUACUACCGGGCGACCACCAGGCGGAGGUGAACACUGUGGACAGCUUCCAAGGCCAAGAGCGUGACGUGGUGGUGGUGUCGCUGGCGCGCAGUCACGGCGUCGGCUUCCUCACUGACGCCGGCCGCAUGAACGUCAUGCUGACCCGAGCUAAAACAUGCGUUAUUUAUCUGCCUUAA